UGCGCAAAGCUUCUGGGAGCGUGUUUUGCUUUAUGGGACCCUUUCCAAACCCUGACCACAGCAGAAAGGACGGGGAUGAGCACUGACUGGAGCAAUCUGUUGACUGUCCCCUGCUGUAAACCAGAGCUGCCUAAUUUUGAGAAACAGGGGCCGAGCCAUCAGAUGUAGGGGAAUGGAAGCUGAUGCCAACGGAAGCCCGGAGGUAGACUAGGGCCCCGGAAAAGCGAAGAAGAAACAGCAAUUAUGAGUAAGCAGCGGAAGUUGAUACGACUCCCAAGAUGGAGGCUAAUCACUCUGAACAGCUCUCAGCAGAACGACAGUCAACACCUCCAGGUGACAGUUCAUCAUUACCCAGUCACAAUGGCCUGGAGAAGGAAGAUGGCCAGGAUUCUUCAACCCCAGUCCAACCACCAGAGAAAGAGGCAAGUGUGCACCCCGAUAUCUCUGAAGAGCUGAAUCGACAGCUGGAAGACAUCAUUAACACUUAUGGGUCUGCUGCCAGCACAGCAGGGAAGGAGGGCUCUGCCAGGGCCAGUGAGCAGCCUGAGAAUGCAGAAUCACCUGACAACGAGGAUGGGGACUGUGAGGAAACAACUGAAGAGGCUGGAAGAGAACCCAUUGCUUCUGGAGAGCCACCCACUGUCAAAGAGCCCGUCAGCAAUAAGGAGCAAAAAUUGGAAAAGAAAAUCCUAAAAGGAUUAGGCAAAGAAGCCAACCUGCUAAUGCAAAAUCUGAACAAGUUGCAAACACCUGAAGAAAAGUUUGAUUUUUUAUUCAAGAAGUAUGCUGAAUUGCUGGAUGAACAUCGUACUGAGCAAAAGAAGUUAAAGCUCCUCCAAAAGAAACAGGUACAAAUUCAAAAAGAAAAGGACCAGUUACAAGGUGAACACAGCAGAGCUAUCCUCGCUCGAAGCAAAUUGGAGAGUCUGUGCCGGGAGCUGCAGAGACACAACAAGACUCUGAAGGAAGAGGCACUUCAGCGGGCACGUGAGGAAGAAGAGAAAAGGAAGGAAAUCACAAGCCAUUUCCAGAGUACCCUCACAGACAUCCAGGGCCAGAUCGAGCAGCAGAGUGAGCGAAAUAUGAAGCUCUGUCAGGAGAACACAGAGCUUGCAGAAAAGCUGAAAAGCAUCAUCGAUCAGUAUGAGCUCAGAGAGGAGCAUCUGGACAAAAUAUUUAAACACAGAGAACUGCAGCAGAAGCUGGUGGAUGCAAAGCUUGAGCAGGCCCAAGAAAUGAUGAAGGAAGCGGAGGAGCGACACAAACGAGAAAAGGAAUAUUUGCUGAACCAGGCAGCAGAGUGGAAACUUCAGGCAAAAGUGCUGAAGGAGCAAGAGACAGUCCUGCAGGCUCAGCUCACUCUCUACUCAGGAAGGUUUGAAGAAUUCCAGAGCACACUAACUAAAAGCAACGAGGUGUUUGCCACGUUCAAACAGGAAAUGGACAAAACAACUAAGAAAAUGAAGAAGCUGGAAAAGGACACAGCCACAUGGAAAGCCCGAUUUGAGAACUGUAACAAAGCUCUGUUGGACAUGAUUGAAGAGAAAGCACUGAGAGCUAAAGAAUAUGAGUGCUUUGUGAUGAAAAUUGGGAGGCUAGAGAACCUCUGCCGUGCUUUACAAGAAGAGAGAAACGAACUCUACAAAAAAAUCAGAGACGCAGAAAUAUCUGAAAAGGAUGACCAAAGUCAGCACAACUCCGAUGAAGAGCCAGAGUCAAACGUCUCUGUGGAUCAAGAGAUUGACGCAGAGGAGGUUAAUAGUGUCCAAACCGCCGUGAAAAAUCUGGCCACAGCCUUCAUGAUAAUUCAUCAUCCAGAGUCAACCCCGCACCAGUCCAAAGAAACCCAACCCGAAACAGGCAGUUCUCAGGAGAGUGGUGACGCCGCUCUCAAGGAGCCAGAGCAACCCCCUCUGAUCCCUUCACGGGAUUCAGAGAGUCCCCUGCCUCCCCUAACUCCUCAGGCUGAAGCCGAAGGAGGCAGUGAGGGUGAACCUCCUUCCAAGGCCAGUAAUUCUCCUGCCGGGUUGGGAGCAGAAACCCAAUGCGAGGGUCUCCCUGUUGGAGCACAGGCUGAUCAGCCGUCCUGGAAGCCAGAGGCAGAAGCUUCUGGUCAGGCCCCACAGACUCCCACCGAGGCCUCCCUACAAAGGAUGGAGGCAGAUGUGCCUGCUCCAGCAUGCGCAGCAGAAGAGCACGCUGCAGCCAUGGUGCCUGCAUGCGAGCCCAGUAGGCAGCCUCCACGAGCAGCAGCAGAGGAGCUGCCAGUAGGGGCCUCAGCUGGGCCCCAGCCGCGCAACGUGGCUGACACCAAUCUGCAAGGCGUCGACUAAGCCUCACCGUGCCUUCAGAGGCGUCUUCCUGCCUCUUUGCAUAUUCAGCAUAACAGAUUGUCUUCCGAAAAAGGCAUUAAGGGCUAGAGAUGUCAAAUGGAAGAGAAUUAGGAUCAAGACAUUUUUUAAUGUUAGGCAGAACACAUUCAUUCAGACUUUGCUAUUUGUUGUCAAUUUAUAACUGAUUUGAAGGUUUUCUAUUUAACACUGGUUGACAGUAUAAUUUUCCCAAAGGGCAACAAAACAUACAGAUAGCAAAUUUAUAUUACUUUUCUGUUAAGAUAAUACUUAAAUUUGUUAAUCACCAGUAAGAUUUGAUGUUUAAAGACUUCCACUGCAAUAUAUAAAUACUGAAAAUGUGAUGUUCUGCUUAUUUGGAUAUAUAGUUUAAUAAGUUCCAUAGUAAUUUAUGGAUGCCCAGGUUACAUUUAAACUAUACAUAUACAUAAUAUAUACGUAUGUGUGUACUUAUAUGUAUAUAUACACGUAUGUAUAGAUGUGUGAAUAUGUUUAUAUACAUAUAUGCACGUAUCUAUAUGUAUACAUAAAUGCAUUAUUACACAUACAUUUCUCUCACCCCUUAAUGCAUUUUUCUUAAUGCAGAAUAUUUAGAUGCUAAUCAAAAAAAUGAUCUCUUACUUGCACUUGAGACUAUGGUUGACUAAUGUUCUAUAAAUCCGAAGAGAGUUCGGACUAUAAGUAUUUAGGCUAUCAUUAUGUUGGGCAAAAAUAAGUAACCCAAUGGUAGAUAAAUGAAUUCAACCAGUUGAUCAAAUGGCAGAAAAGCAGUUAGACUUCAAUCUGUGCAGACAGCAUGGACACAAAGAUGGCCACAAGAGGCCCAAAACAGAAAAGAGAAACACAAGCUCACCCCUUGGAGCUGCUUCUCCUACACUUCUCAGCCCAUUGCUUUGCCACCCCCUCAUGUGCUAGGGCAUCCCAUUCCAGGCUUCCUGCAAGGAAAGGGUUGGAAGUGGGAAAGGGAGCUAGGGAUUGAGGGGUUAAGGGACCUCACACUAAGAAGGGGCUGUGCUUUGAUCCCCUGCCUCUUGCACUACCAAUGUCUCAAGACAUAAUAUUCAUCUCUUGCUGUCAGACCCAGUCUAUAUUCUAAAAGCUUCUGCUCCUUCCUUCCCAAUUUCUCCUUUGCAGCAGGAAAUUACACCCAGCCCUCAUCUCAAUUAAUGCUAAAUAAACCUAUUGUUUUUCCAAAACAGAAUCUACACUGGGUCCCAAUAUCAGUGAUGAGGCUUACAAACCAACACGUUUUCUGCCAUGAGGAUUUCUCUUUAGGCCAGAAGUACAAAACAAAAAACCAAUGGAUUUUAAUCAAAAUGAUUUGAAAUAUAGAUGAGGAUUCAGGAGAAGGCAAAAGCUAGAAACACUUGGGGUUGUCAACAUGAGUAUUACAUUAACAUUGCUUGAUGAGAACCUCUAAUGAUACUGACAACAUAAAUUACCUAGGGUAAAGGAUAGCUGCAACAAUGAAACAGGAAAGAAGAGAGGGAGAGAGAGGAAAGGGAAGGAAGAAAGGAAGGAGGGAGAAGGGAAGAAAAACAAUGUCUAACCCAACCGUAUCUUAAAAGUUGAACUCAAGUAGAAAAAUGGAUAGAAACAAAAUUCUCUAGUACUCAUCCAGGAAACCAUUCUUCAAUGUUGCAUGUGGCUGUUUGCCAAGGCACACAAAGUGCUUGUAGGCAGCAACCAUAUGCUACAAGAAUUGUAAACUGCAUACAGUUUGUUUGAAGUAGACAGUGAGGAUAAUAACAAAGUUGCUAGGCAGGAAAAAAAAUCAGGAAAAAAGCUUGUCGCUAUUUGAGAAUCUGUAUAUUUUUAAAGGCUUAAAAUAUUAUAACCACAGGGUAUCCAGCCAAAUUCAACAUUACUGCAAGUCUUAGAGAUUUAAACAUUCAUUUGAUUCAGAGCUAAAUAUUCACCAUAAUCCAGGAGGGUCUCCUUCCCCACUGCAGAAGCAGAACGUCCAAGAAUGGAGUAAGAUGAGUCAUAGUAAAGAAUCAGUCUGAAUAUUUAGCAAGAGAAACAGGCAGGAGAGGAACCCAAAGGCAGUAAAUCAAAUAUUCUAAAACCCAAAGUUCAUUAUUUUCAUCCAAAAGACUUUCACAGAAACACAUUACUCACAGCCAUGUAUGUCUUGGACAGAGUUUCAGAUGGAAUGACUUGCCUGAAAUUUGUAAAGCUUAAUAUAGGUUUUGGGGGAAUUAUUUUAAUAUUCAAAGAAUGUUUUAUUAUAGUCCUUUGUGUUAAAAUUUAGCCUUACUAAUUAUAACAAUAACUCAUAAAGUUCUAAAUUCAGAAGGAAUAUCUGUUCUUUAUCAAGUGUAUGUAACUAUUUUUUAGAAAUGCCAUCUACUUUCUAGAAACACUAAAGUUAUUGUUUUCUAAGUUAAAUAACUAUAAUUUAUAUAUCUAUUAAAAAGGUACUUCU